AUCAUCAUUUUGUUACUUCAUGGAAACGUAUUUGGGCGAAAUAUACACUGAUAAGAAUGUGAUGAGGGGAUUCUGCCUGCAGGCAAUUGAACAGGGAAGGAAUUCAAAGUUCCAGUGAAAAUUAAAUAAUAGAUCGAAAUCGUCAUGAGCGUUUUCAUAUUCAAAAAGUUCCAAAAAACCCAAAGGAAGAUCGGACGCGGACACACACUGUGAUGGUAAAAAUUUAUAUAUUUAUCAAGGAUGGGCGGAUGGGCCUGAUCCCGAAUCUAACGACAUUUGGGUGUACAAUUUAGCUGGGAAACAAUGGAGAUUAAUAAGAAAUGAAAGUAAUUUGCCACAUUCACAUUAUGAUUCUAUUUUUGGUACUAUUUUUGAAUCAAAUUAUUUAAUUAAUUGCACAUUACGGAAACCUAUAUAUGACGAACUGUCAGUUCGCAAAUGUCGAAUACACAUUUGUAAUCUAAAUACCGAAAGUGUACUUGUCCGAGAGACGAGUGGGCAAAUUCCAUAUCCUUCAUUUCCACAUAAUUUAAUUCGUCAAGGAAAAUAUUUUUAUAGUGUCGGAAUCACGAGAAAUCAUGAAUACUUUUCCGAUGUAUAUAAAUUGAACAUUGAAAAUGGUUUAUGGGAAGUUGUCUAUAUCUGUCAAGGACUUGAUGCCAAUGAACCAGUUGGUAGAAUAGGGCAUACUUUAGUUUAUGAUAACAACAUGAUAUAUAUAUUUUCGGCGAUUUUAGAUGAUUCCAAGCCUGAUGCAUUUUCUUUUGCCACAAUAUCGGCGUUUGAUUUAGAAAAGUGCUGUUGGAAAAAAAUAGAAACUUAUGGUGAUGAAAAUCAAACACCGCAUUAUCCAACUAAAAGAGAAGAUUUCGCGGUAACGAGUCACACUGACCAAGAUUUGGGUGAAAUAAAUGUAAUAAUAUCUGGAGGAAUAAUUGGGUCUAGGAAACACCUCAAUGAUGUCUGGAGAUUGAAUCUCACGAGUUUGAAAUGGACUUGUCUUAAGAAAUUUGGUACUGUCUUACCUCGUCAAGUCUUUUGUAAUUCAAUGACCGUUUCUCCUGAUGGAAAAUUAUUCACAUUUGGUGGAUUUGUUUCUAAUAAGAACGUGGACACGAAGAUUCGCAUUUCUACUGCACAUUCAACUUGGCUCAGGAUUCCCAAACUCACAGAAAUUUGUUGGGAAGCUGUUUUCCAUUACUACCGAAACUUAACAUCAAUGAGUGACAAAGAAAUUAUUUCUCUGGGUAUUCCAUUGCAUUUACUCAAGUCGCGCAUCAAUUAAUAGAAUAUUUAUAAAUAAAUUCAUUGUGUUUAUUUUUUUAUUUAUAACACAGUACAUAAAAUUGUAAUGAUCGGAAAAUUUAUUAGAAACCAAAUUUGUUAUAUGCUCUAAUCGAGCAAUUGGUGAUAGAUAAAUUUAUUAAGAGUAAAGAAUUUUUUUUUUAUAUUCAAAAAUUUUUGCUAUAAUUAUUUAAGAUGAAUAUAAGAUAAGAUAAAUAAGAUAA